AAUUUUUCAUUCCAAAGGAGUGGUGCAAACACGAAGUUACACAGUGGGGCGAUGAUGCUGUCUGCAGGGCAACUAUCGUUGGUGCUGGUUACUGUCUUUAUGCUGAGUUGUGCCGGAGGAAAUAUCAUCGAGAGAGGAAAAAUUCACUUUAGCCAAGUGAAUGACGAUUAUCUUUGCCAGAAAGCUACAUUUAGCAAAAGUUUCAAGAAGGGAACACCAGUGAGCGUAUUCGCCUCAGUAAACCGUGGAAAUGGAUCGUCCAGCGUCUACGAUUCUAUCUUUGUUUGGAUAGAAGAAGUGAGCAGCGUUCGCUUCGAGGCCUGUGUUGUUGAAGGAGGCAGAGGUGCGGGAGAUAACUUCACUAUAGACUGGUUUGCAUUUCAAGGUCCACAGACAGGAGCUGAACAUGGGGCAACAUUGUUUAGUAAAUUCACCACAGGAUCGCAGUGCAACCGGGUGACAUUUAAGAAUGUCUUCAAAGGAACUCCUACAGUUCACGUCACCGCUCAUCAUACUAAAAAAGACCGGAAGCACGACGCGAUGCUGGUUUGGAUUGAAAGUCUUUCGUCGAGCGAAUUUGAAGUUUGUUUGCAAGAGUCAAGGGUAUUAGAUGGACUUCAUGAGGGACUCAAAGUGAACUGGAUGGCAUACGAGAAUUAUCCUUCAACGUGGAAAGGUAAAGAAUCAAAGAAAAUCCUAUUUUCCGGAAAGGAGUUACCCUCAGCCCAAAACAAGUAUGCCCUGUGCAAGACGAUCAAAUAUGACGAGCCAUUCUUUCAACCACCCGUCGUACUCGCCACUAUUUACAGUGCCGCCAAAGGUAACAAGUCGAAUGACGGCUGUGAUCAUGACCACAAAGAGCCUUUACUUACCUGGAUGGAGGAAGUGACUAAGACUCAUUUCCGAAUUUGUAUGAAAGACCACACAGCAUAUGGUCGCCAAAGAAGUGAUGUGGAAAUAGACUACUUCGUCAUUGGAGAUCUUGAUCCGUGUAGAGAUGUUAACUGCACCUACGAAAGCUUCUGCUACGCGUAUACUCCCUGGAGAUUUGCUUGUAUCUGCAAAGAUGACUGCCCAUCAUACGAGGAACAAGUCUGUGCUUCAAAUGGUCGAACUUUCAAGAACAUGUGUUUCCUCAAAAAAAAAAUUUGCGAAACACGUGGAAAUUACACGAACUAUCACCCCGGGAGCUGCAGAGGUUUCCCAAUGCAGAAAGGAAGACACGAGUUCCAGACUACUCCAUCGUGGGCCGAAGAUCAGUGCGAUGAGAUCAAGUUUAAACCCUUUAUUUUCUAUCCUCAUAUGAAAAUAUACGUCCAACUCACUGUUAACCACUUCAAUUAUUCAGACGACACUUUGGUACACGAAGCGACCACGCCUUGGGUCGAGAGCAUCAACACCACUCAGUUCACAGCCUGCGUCACUCGAGCUGGAAGGAAUGAUUACCCCGCAGACAGCUUCGCUUCAAUUGACUGGGUGGCCUAUCAGGGAGCCCCACCUGGAGGAGUAGCAGGAGAAGAAAUGUUCCUAACUUGGUGGACUGGAACUAGUUGCAGGACAGUCACUUUUCCAAACGGAAAGUAUUCUGAGCCACCGUCGAUCUUUGCAACAGCUGUCCAUUACAGAUCAAGCCUCAGGCACGAUGCCGCCUCUGUGUGGCUUGAGGAUGUUUCUACAAAUUCUUUUAAGAUCUGCCUCAGGGAGCUUCAAAACUUUGCAGGAGUUCAUGACGAUAUUUCAGUGAAUUGGUUGGCAUUUGGCAAAACACCGAGACCAAUGUUCAAAGAGAGCAGUGUGGUCAGCUUUCCCAACACCGGUUUACCAUCAAUCAAGUUUAACUAUGCUUUUUGUAAGGAUGUGACCUACUCUCGACCGGCUUAUACCUACCCACCAGCAGUGCUGGUCACUCCCAAGCAUUCUACCAGUGGAGGGAAUGCUGCUGCAGAGUGCAAUGGAAUCGUAAGCUGGAUCGAGUCUAUCACAACGUCUGGAUUUCGAAUUUGUGUGAAAGAGCUGUAUGUGCAACGGUUUGACCCUUUGAACGUCUCAUAUGCAGUGAUGGGAGACAGCAUUUGUGACGAUGAUUGGAAUUAUUUUAGAGGGUAUUGCUAUCGACAAGUAGCUGCGUGUGACUCUUGGGGUAGUAGCCAGGGAAAAUGUGCCACUCAGGGAGCGAACCUUCCAAGUAUACACAGCCAGGAAGAAAACGUUUAUGUCCAGAGUCUACAUGGCGGGGACCACUCUUGGCUUGGGCUCACUGAUAUAAACUCUGAGGGGACGUUUUUGUGGAGCGAUGGGAGUCAAUUAAAAUUCAAGAACUGGGCAAAGGGCCAACCAAACAACUAUGGCAAUGAAGAUUGUGUUCAUACCCUUGGCUUCCUCAAAAAUCAUCACUACGAAUGGAAUGACGUGAACUGCACUGAUUGUCAUAGAUUUACCUGCAAGAAAGAUUAUGAUGAGUGUACAGACUACAAUUAUCACUGUCCACUAGAUUCCCAUUGCAUUAACAAUGAGGGCUCGUACACCUGCAAGUGUAAUAGGGGUUUCCGUUUGGAUGCAAACAAGGACUGCGAAGAUAUGGAUGAAUGCCACUUGGGGACCUACAAAUGCCAUGUCAAAGCUCGUUGCGAAAAUAUUCCUGGUACCUAUAGAUGUAGAUGUGCGCCUGGCUUAGCGGGAACAGGGAAAACUUGUGGGGUACCGAAUGCCACAGUAAUAUCUUCUUGUACCAAUUUGACCGUAUGGCAGUCAGACUCAACCGGGUAUAUCGAAUCCAAUGAUGCCCCCAUACGUGGUCUCGUAGAGACCUACAAAAGUAACAUGGACUGUACAUGGAAUAUAACCUCAAAUGGACAUAUUGAGCUCGUCUUCAUCCGUUUGAAUACUGAGGACAAGGUCGAUAUCGUCACUGUGUACGAUGGUGUAUCGCGUUCUUCUCCUUUGAUUGGUACUUUGUUUGGAGAUACUUUGCCUAGGCAAUCUUUGACGAGCACGUCUAACAACCUUUACGUAAGAUUUACGUCAGAUAUUUCUAAAGAAUUUGCAGGAUUUCGGGCACGUUACCGAGCAAUUACUGAUGGAAGCGUUCGUAUAAAUAGCACCAGCGCAUCAACUGGUAGAGUAGAGGUUUUCUACGAUGGCAAAUGGGGGACCAUCUGUGAUGACGCUUGGGACCUUACCGACGCUAACGUGAUAUGCAGACAGCUCGGCUUCAAAAAAGCCCUACAGGCUUAUGGGAGCGCUUAUCAUGGCCAAGGGAGCGGGCCAAUCUGGCUUGACGAUUUGGCUUGCUCAGGGAGUGAGAAAUAUCUCCACGAUUGCAGGCAUCGAGGAUGGGGAAAGCAUGACUGCACUCAUGCACGAGACGCCAGUGUGAAGUGUACACAUGGUUCUUCCAUCAUUCGGUUAGCCGGUGGAUCCCACAACUACGGCCGCGUUGAGGUUUUAAUUGGAGGCCGAUGGGGUACGGUUUGUGACCAUUCCUGGGACCUCAAUGAUGCAAAGGUCGUUUGCCGUCAGCUCGGUUUCAAAAAGGCAACCUCUGCACCUCGAGGUGCAGCUUACGGGCGAGGCUCCGGUCCUACCCAAAGAAGCUAUGUUUACUGCGAGGGGAACGAAGAAUCUCUGCUGGACUGUCCACACUGUCCAUCUUAUGGUUGCUCGCACUAUCAAGAUGCAAGUGUUGUUUGUAGUAAUUGAACGUUAACUGAUGUCAAAACGCCCUCGGACACUCAGGUCAUUGAUGUCCUUUUGCCUGUAAUAGUAGUGCAGGUUGGACUUGUAGUAUUAUUAGUCAUAAUAGCUGUGGCGGUAAAACUAUACAUGAUCCGAUGUUUCCGUUCAGCCAAAAGGAAAUUUAUAGUUAAUACCAAAGAUUACUGAAAACAAAGCAACCAGACUAACACUAACCGGUAAUAGAUUAUUACUUUUAAUGAAAGUGUGAAAGAGCAAAAGUUCCAUAAGAUAAUAAGGGCGCAUAUCUGUAUGGAAAGUUUGCUAUCAGCAUAUAGAUGGACGAUAGCUAGAAACAAGGAAAAAAUAAGCAGUAGAAAAAUCAUAGUGUGACAUCAACGAUAUAGACAAAAG